GCAUGCCUGGCGCGGCCGUCUCCGCCGUCCCCUCUGACCUCGGGCCCGUCGUCGUUCUCUCAUCCGGGCUCUCCGCGCCACACGGGGAAGAUGGCGGCGGCGACGUCGUCGGCGGUGGCGCUCCCGGCCGAAUGGAUCCGCAACUGGGAGAAAUCUGGCAAGAGCGAGUUCUUGCAGCUAUGUCGCAUUCUUUCUGAAAAUGCAACUUUUAGAGGUAUCCAGAAGGCUCUCUAUGAGCUUACGUAUCAUGUUGUUAAGGGAAAUCUAAAGCAUGACCAAGCAUCAAAUGUUCUCGGUGAUAUUAUAGAAUUUCGGGAUGAUAUGCCUUCCAUUCUGGCUGAUGUAUUCUGCAUAUUAGACAUUGAAACCAGUUGCUUAGAAGAAAAAAGCAAAAGAGAUCAGUUCAUGCAGUUGGUGUUAGCCUGUUUGAAUCUGGUUUCCGAUACUAUAUUAAAAGAGCGUUUGGACCCAGAAACGUUGGAAUCAUUAGGGCUUAUCAAGCAAUCCCAGCAGUUUAAUCAGAAAUCUGUGAAAAUAAAGACAAAACUUUUUUAUAAGCAACAGAAAUUUAAUUUAUUAAGAGAAGAGAAUGAAGGCUAUGCAAAACUGAUUGCUGAACUGGGACAAGAUUUAUCUGGAAAUAUUACUAGCGAAUUGAUCCUAGAAAAUAUUAAAUCUUUAAUAGGAUGUUUUAACCUGGAUCCUAACCGAGUAUUGGAUAUUAUCUUGGAAGUCUAUGAAUGUCGACCAGAAUAUGAUGAAUUUUUUGUACCUUUGAUAGAGUCGUAUAUGUAUAUGUGUGAACCUCAAACACUCUGCCAUAUACUUGGAUUCAAAUUCAAGUUUUAUCAGGAACCAAAUGGAGAGACACCCGUCUCCUUGUACAGAGUCGCCGCAGUCCUUUUGCAGCAUAACUUAAUAGAUCUGGAAGACCUUUAUGUACACCUUCUACCGUCCGACCACUCUAUCCUGGAGGAGCACCGACGGGAAAUUGGGGAGGCUAAGCAAAUUGUAAAGAAACUUACCAUGGUUGUACUGUCUUCUGAAAAGACAGAAGAGAAAGAAAAAGAAAAGGAGAAGGAAGAGGAGAAAAUGGAAAAGCCACCAGAUAACCAGAAACUGGGUUUAUUAGAAGCCAUGUUGCAGAUCGGCGACUGGCAGCACGCACAAAGCAUUAUGGACCAGAUGCCUCCGUUUUAUGCAACGUCCCACAAAUCUAUUGCAAUUGCUCUUUGCCAGCUUCUACACGUGAUGAUUGAGCCCCUCUACCGAAGAGUCGGAGUCCUCAAAGGCGCCAAAGGGACCCCGGUCCCCCCGUUGCAAAACAAGAGAGCCCCAAAGCAAGUGGAACAUUUUGAGGACUUAAGGAAAGAAGUCUUCAGCAUGCUGUGCUAUCUCGGCCCGCACCUCUCCCACGAUCCCAUCCUCUUCGCCAAAGUUUUGCGUCUCGGGAAAGCCUUUAUGAAAGAGUACCAGCUAGACGGAAGCAAACAAGAGGACAAAGAGAAAUUGGAGAUAUUAUUCAGCUGUCUGCUGAGUAUCACUGACCAGGUUUUGCUUCCUUCUCUUUCCUUGAUGGAUUGUAAUGCAUGUAUGUCCGAGGAACUCUGGGGGAUGUUUAAAACAUUUCCAUACCAGCACCGGUAUCGUCUCUACGGCCAGUGGAAGAACGAAACCUAUAAUAGUCAUCCAUUGCUAGUAAAAGUUAAAGCUCAGAUAAUUGACAGAGCCAAAUAUAUCAUGAAGCGUUUAACGAAGGAGAACGUAAAGCCUUCUGGAAGACAAAUUGGGAAACUGAGUCACAGCAACCCAACCAUUUUAUUUGACUAUAUUUUGUCCCAGAUACAGAAAUACGAUAACUUAAUAACGCCAGUUGUUGAUUCAUUAAAAUACCUCACUUCACUAAACUAUGAUGUUUUGGCUUAUUGCAUCAUUGAAGCGUUGGCCAAUCCCGAGAAGGAGAGGAUGAAGCACGACGACACAACAAUCUCCAGUUGGCUUCAAAGCUUAGCGAGUUUUUGUGGUGCUGUUUUUCGAAAAUACCCGAUAGAACUUGCCGGACUCCUCCAGUAUGUGGCAAAUCAACUCAAGGCGGGAAAAAGUUUUGACCUCCUCAUUUUGAAAGAAGUGGUACAAAAAAUGGCGGGAAUUGAAAUCACCGAAGAAAUGACCAUGGAACAGCUGGAAGCCAUGACGGGCGGGGAGCAGCUGAAGGCAGAGGGAGGAUAUUUUGGCCAGAUCAGAAACACGAAGAAAUCUUCUCAGAGGUUAAAAGAUGCCCUUUUGGACCACGAUCUCGCCCUUCCGCUGUGCCUUCUCAUGGCGCAACAGCGCAACGGUGUGAUCUUUCAAGAAGGAGGGGAGAAACAUUUGAAGCUGGUGGGAAAGCUGUACGAUCAGUGCCACGAUACUUUGGUACAAUUUGGUGGGUUUCUGGCAUCUAAUUUGAGCACAGAUGAUUAUAUUAAGCGAGUGCCUUCUAUCGACGUCCUCUGUAACGAAUUUCACACUCCUCACGAUGCGGCUUUCUUCCUUUCAAGACCUAUGUACACACACCACAUUUCGUCAAAAUACGAUGAACUGAAGAAAGCGGAAAAGGGGAAUAAGCAGCAGCAGAAAGUCCACAAGUACAUCACGUCCUGCGAGCUGGUGAUGGCCCCCGUUCACGACGCAGUGAUCUCCUUGCACCUUCCAAAGGUCUGGGAUGAUAUCAGUCCCCAGUUCUACGCCACCUUCUGGUCGCUGACGAUGUACGACCUCGCGGUGCCCCGGGGCAGCUACGAGCGGGAAGUCAACAAACUCAAAGUUCAAAUGAAAGCCAUUGAGGACAAUCCAGACAUGCCUCUCAAUAAGAAGAAGAAAGAAAAAGAACGCUGCACAGCCCUUCAGGAUAAACUUCUUGAAGAGGAAAAGAAGCAGUUGGAUCACGUCGAAAGGGUGUUGCAAAGGCUGAAGCUUGAAAAAGACAAUUGGCUUCUUGCGAAGUCGACGAAAAAUGAGACCAUAACCAAGUUUCUGCAGCUGUGUAUAUUUCCCCGCUGUAUCUUCUCCGCCAUCGAUGCUGUUUACUGUGCCCGCUUUGUAGAACUGGUGCAUCAACAGAAAACCCCCAAUUUUUCCACACUGCUUUGUUAUGACAGAGUAUUCUCUGAUAUCAUCUAUACAGUAGCCAGCUGCACGGAAAAUGAAGCUAGUCGGUACGGUAGAUUUCUAUGCUGCAUGCUGGAUACUGUAACCCAGUGGCACAGCGAUAAAAGCAUAUACGAAAAGGAAUGUGGUAACUAUCCCGGCUUCAUCACUGUGUUACGAUCCAGCGGUUAUGACGCCGUGAACAAAGCUGACCAGUUAGACUACGAAAAUUUCCGACACGUGGUGCACAAGUGGCAUUAUAAGUUAACCAAGGCAUCUGUACACUGUCUGGAAACCGGGGAAUACACCCAUAUCAGAAAUAUUCUUAUCGUGCUGACCAAAAUUUUGCCGUGGUAUCCAAAGGUGGUGAAUCUGGGUCAGGCCUUGGAAAGAAGAGUCCGUAAGAUUUACGAGGAAGAGAAAGAAAAGAGACCCGAUCUAUAUGCUUUAGCAAUGGGCUAUUCUGGGCAACUGAAAAGUAGAAAAAUGGUUCCUGAAAACGAUUUCCAUCAGAAGGACCUUCCCACCCGGAACGCUGUACCCACCAUGGUGCAAAACGGGCCAGGGGCAGCUGGGCUGCCUCCACUCACGAUAAACACAGCUAAAUUGGAAGAAAGCACUGCUGAGGAGACAGAUAAGUUGAAGGAGAAGUCCCAGGGUGCGGUUAAAGUGGUCAACAAAGCUGCCAACGCAACACCCAAAGUGAUUGCGAGCAACGGAAACAGCAGCAAACUUGCCAAAGAAAAAGAGGACAAAGAGAAAUGCGGGAAGGAAAAAGAGAAGGAGAAGAAAGAGAAAAUUCCAGCUGGCACUCCUGAAGCUAAGUUACUGGGAAAAGACGGGAAGGAUAAGCCAAAGGAAGAGAGGGCGAACAAGGAAGAGAAAGCGAGAGAGGCCAAGGAGAAGACACCCAAGACUGACAAAGAGAAGGAGAAAAUCAAGCGAGAAGAAAAAUCAUCCAAAGAGGAAAAAUCCAAGAUUAUUGUGUCCAACACCGAGUCCAAAUCAAUGGCGGACAAGGAAAGAGAGAAGGAGCCAUCAAGAGAGAGAGAAGUGGCCAAGGAGAUGAUGAAAUCCAAGGAAAUCAUUAGAGGAGGAGGAGGAAGUGGAGGAGGAGGAGGAGGAGGAGGAGGAGGAGAGAAGAUUCCACUUGCUGGGUCCUUGAAGUCACCUGUUCCCCGGUCAGAAACUUCAGAUUCCGAAAGGGAACAAAAGCGUCGCAAAAUAGAUACCCAUUCUUCUCCGUCACAUUCCUCAAGUGUAAAGGUUCUGCCCCCGAUUUCCCACGCUCCAGUGGUUUCUGGGAACCCUCUCAGCUUACCUGUCAUCUCCAUUCAUUUUCUGCAGGACAAUCUCAGCGAACUCAAGGACUCCACAGUUAAGCACCACAUUAACCACUCCACUCCAGCCUUGUCCACAAGUAAGGAGAGAGAAGUAGACAAGAAAGAUUUGGACAAAUCGAGGGAAAGAUCCCGAGAGAGAGAAAAGAAAGAUGAAAAGGAAAGGAAAGACCGAAAAAGGGAUCAUUCGAAUAAUGACCGCGAAGUUCCCCAAGAUUCAACCAAGCGUCGGAAAGAGGAAAACGGGACAACUGGUUCCUCCAAACACACUAAGAGUGAAAGUCCUUCUGACUCUCCCCCUCGUUCCAAUGAGAAGGAGAAAGAGAAGAACAAGUCAAAAUCCUCCAGCAAGGAGAAAGGAGAUUCCAUCAAAGUUGAAAAGGUGGAGAAAAGCUCUUCUGGAAGCAAAAAGGAGUCCAGGCACGAUAAAGAAAAACCAGAGAAGAAAGAAAAACGGGAUAGUACUGGGAACAAAGAAGAAAAAAAACACCAUAAAUCUUCAGACAAACAUAGAUAAUGAUCACUGCUCUGACCAAGGGUGAGGUUCAAACAAGAAGAUGGUGAGCUGUGACGAGACAUGAACUUUCCAGACGUGAAUUUUGAUUGCACACAAGAUUGUGAAUGAAGUGGACCUGUCUCCAUCUCCUUAAAUUAUUCGCCUCUCUGCUUUAUUUCUCUCCCGUUGCUGAAGAUGUUGAUGGUUGAGUUGUACAUUAGUGUAAUUUUAACUCGUCGCUUAAGUUUCUUAAACAUUUAUUUUCAGUACUGGCUGGAAGUGUUUACCUGUUCCAUAUUUUUUAGCACAGUGUGCUGCCAACAGUUGCCAUCGUGCAAAGGAGGUUUUUUCAUAUGUACAGAGUUCUUACUUUAGGUUAUCAAAAUACUUCCUCCGUUUAGCCAUUUUUUAUUUUUUAUUUUUCCUCCAAUUGGAAAUGCGUUAUUUUAGGUGUUUUGGAAAAAAAAACCACAACGACAAAUAAACAGUUAUUGAACGUUUGGAUUUUACCUCAUUUAAAAGAAAAAUCCAGUUUUUAUUUAUUGUUUUUAAUAUUGAUAACUAAAACCGAGGGGGGGACUGUUUUCAAGCAAUGCUAAGGAAGUAUUUGUAUAUUAUGUGCACAACCGUGACUUGUUUAAAAAAAGAGAGAGAGAAAGAAGAAGAAGGGAAACAGAGGGCUACCCCAUGCUCUGUUGUUCCUCACAAUGCUCUUUACGUUUGUCAUAAUGUUUUUAAAGAAAUUGGGGACUACUUUCUUCCAAAAAAAAAACAAAAAUUCAGACCAAUUAGGUUUCAAUAUUACAGCUACAGUAACUUUGUAUCGGUGGACUUUAGUCCAAAAAAUAAAAAAAUAAAAAAAAAAGUUUCACAAUGACCUUUUUUAAAAAAAACAAACAAACAAUUUUUUUAUCUGAAAUUCUACCAGUGUAAUCCUUUUUCUAAAUAAAAAAUAGUUUUCUCAACGGGUCGUAAA